UCCUUAUGCAAAAACACUCACUCAAUGAAGAUUAAUUAAGUAUACAAAACCAUCUUGUUGUGGCAAGACAUUAAUUUAAAUCUAAGUUUGGUAUUUCCCCCUCUUUCAAUACUAAAUUUCUCCAUCUUACCAAAAUUCCAUUCUCAACUGGAAAUAACACAUUAAGGCUAACAUUAGCUUUAUUUAUUGCUCACCAGCCACGACAAAGCUUAGUAUAUGUAAAUUCUCUUGUGCAAGCUGCGGCUUUUGGGCUUCUCGAGGGACUUUCUAAAACCGCAGCAGCCGCAGAAACACGUGCUCGGAUCAGCCGGAGACUGAGUCAGUGUGGCAUAAAUUUUGCUAAUCGUCUAAGUUUAUCGGAUGCGUGUGUGCAAAGGUGUGAAUGAGGCAACCGGUUCCAAUGAUUAUUUAUGAUUAUUUUAUAUUUCGUCAGUCAGGGUGAGGCAGUAAACUAAUUUCCUCUGGAUUAUUGUAUUCCAAAACGACCAAACUGACAUUUCUUUUUGCAUUUUCUUGUUCAAUUGCAGAUUGGUAAGAAACCCAGCGCUUAAUUGGGCAUUAAAUCGGGCCAAAAUGGACCAACCGACGGCAGCCAAUUCGCAUUGGCUGGCCGCUUUGCUGUCGUCGCUGCUGCUUUUCAAUUUGCUACACACGAUCGGAGCGGACGAGGCGUUUUCGUGUCCAAAUGGCUGGGAACUGCGCGGCUUAAAUUGUUAUAAAUAUUUCAAUAUCAAGCACUCGUGGGAGAAAAGCGCCGAACUGUGUCGAAGAUACGGCGCCGAACUGGUGGCCAUUGACAGCUAUGCGGAGAACAACGACACCUUGUCCAUUGCCCGGGCCAGCGAUCCCAAUCAGCGGGGAUCGGACAAGUACUGGCUGGGCCUGGCCUCCCUGGAUGACCUGCGAACCAACACGCUGGAAUCCGCCUCGGGAGCCCUGAUCUCUCAGUACUCUGGCUACUGGUCUCUGCAUCAGCCCAACUCCGAUUCCGGUGAGUGUGUGGCAGCUGGCUUUGGCGGCAAGUCGCAGAGCUGGGAUCUGGGCACCUGCGAGUCCCUGCUGCCCUUCAUGUGCCGCGCCCAGGCCUGUCCCCAGGGAGCGCUGCACUGCGCCAAUGGCAAGUGCAUCAACCAGGCCUUCAAGUGCGAUGGCAGCGAUGACUGCGGCGAUGGUACCGAUGAGCUGGAUUGUCCGGCUCAGUGCCAUUACCACAUGCAGUCUGGUGGAGAUGUGAUUGAGACGCCCAACUAUCCCCACAAGUACGGAGCUCUGAGCAAGUGCAAGUGGACGCUGGAGGGACCACUGGGCAGCAAUAUCAUCCUGCAGUUCCAGGACUUUGAGACUGAGAAGACCUUCGACACGGUUCAGAUCCUGGUAGGGGGUCGCACCGAAGACAAAUCCGUGUCCCUGGCCACGCUCAGCGGCAAGCAGGACUUGACCACACAGCCCUUCGUGUCUGCCUCCAACUUCAUGAUUGUCAAGUUCACCACCGAUGGCAGUGUAGAGCGUAAGGGUUUCCGGGCCACCUGGAAAACGGAGGCCAAGAACUGCGGCGGCACCCUGAAGGCCACUCUGCAGCGCCAGAUCCUGACCAGUCCCAAUUACCCGAAACAGUAUCCCGGCGGCCUGGAGUGCCUGUAUGUGAUCAAGGCUCAGCCCGGGCGCAUCAUCUCCAUUGAGGUGGAUGACCUGGAUGUGGCCGAAGGGCGCGACUAUCUAAUGAUCCGUGAUGGAGACUCUCCCAUGAGCCGCACCAUUGCCAAACUGACCGGCAAGACGAUCCAGAAUGAACGCGUCAUCAUCUCCACUGGCAACGCUUUGUAUCUGUACUUCAAGUCCAGCCUGGGUGAGGCCGGUAAGGGCUUCAGUCUGCGCUACAUCCAGGGAUGCAAGGCCACGAUCACUGCCAGGAAUGGCACUGUCACCUCGCCAGCUUUCGGCCUGGCGGAUUACCCUAAGAACCAGGAGUGCUACUUCACCAUUCGGAACAAUGCCCGAGCUCCACUCUCCCUCAAGUUUGACAAGUUCACUGUCCACAAGAGCGACAACGUCCAGGUCUUUGAUGGAUCAUCCACAUCCGGUCUGCGCCUCCACUCGGGCAAUGGCUUCACGGGCACAGCAGCCCCAAAGCUCACCCUGACCGCCUCAUCGGGCGAGAUGCUUAUUAAGUUUACCUCGGAUGCUUUGCACAAUGCUGCGGGAUGGUCAGCCACCUUUUCGGCUGAUUGUCCGGAACUGCAACCUGGCAUCGGAGCCUUGGCCUCCAGUCGCGACACCGCUUUCGGUACGCUGGUCAGCUUUACAUGUCCCAUUGGACAGGAGUUUGCCACCGGCAAGACGCGUCUGAUUACGGAAUGCCUGCGCGGUGGCAACUGGAGUGUCUCCUACAUACCCAAGUGUCAGGAGGUCUACUGCGGUCCUGUGCCACAGAUCGACAACGGCUUCUCCAUUGGCUCCUCGAAUGUGACCUAUCGCGGCAUCGCCAUGUACCAGUGCUAUGCUGGAUUUGCCUUCGCCUCCAGUGCUCCAAUCGAGAAGAUUUCUUGUCUGCCGGAUGGUCGUUGGGAGCGACAGCCCCAUUGCAUGGCCUCCCAGUGCGCCGCCCUUGUGGAGGUGCCCCACGCCAAUGUGACUCUGCUUAAUGGAGGCGGACGCAGCUACGGCACCAUCGUCCAGUACGAGUGCGAGCCGGGUUACGAGCGGAAUGGCCACCCGGUGCUCACCUGCAUGUCCAAUGGCACCUGGAGUGGCGAUGUGCCACGUUGCACGCGCAAGCGAUGCUACGAGUUCCCAGAGAUUGACAAUGGUUUCGUUGUGGACGCCAGUCGUGCCUACCUGUACGGCGAUGAGGCUAGGGUGCAGUGCUUCAAGGGCUACAAGCUGAUCGGCAGCAACAUCAUGCGCUGCAGCGAGGCCCAGAAGUUCGAGCAGCCACCCACCUGCGAGGACAUCAACGAGUGCAGCUCCUCCCAAUGCGACCUGACCACCACCGAGUGCCAGAACACGAAUGGAUCCUUCCACUGCCAGUGUCGAUCUGGAUUCACCGCCACCACCGAGUGCCGACCCGUGGGUGACCUUGGGUUGGGCAACGGUGGCAUUCCGGACGAUAGCAUUAGCACCUCUUCCAGCGAGCCCGGGUACAGCAAGACCCAGGUGCGUCUGAACACAAACGGAUGGUGCGGCGGCUCCUCGGAGCCGGGUGCCAACUGGAUCCUGAUUGACCUCAAGGCACCCACCAUUCUGCGUGGCUUCCGCACCAUGUCGGUUCAACGUCCCGAUGGCAACGUGGCCUUCAGUUCGGCUGUGCGUCUGCAGUACUCCAACGAUCUGACCGAUGUCUUUAAGGAUUACGCCAAUCCAGAUGGCACCGCCGUCGAGUUCCGUAUCCUGGAGCCCACUCUGUCUAUCCUAAACCUGCCCCUGCCCAUCGAGGCUCGCUAUAUCCGCUUCCGCAUCCAGGACUAUGUGGGUGCUCCGUGUCUGCGCAUGGAACUGAUGGGUUGCACCCGUCUGGACUGUGUGGACAUCAACGAGUGCAGCAAAAACAAUGGUGGCUGUGACCAGAAGUGCAUCAACUCCCCCGGAGGCUACGCCUGUGGCUGCAACACUGGCUACCAACUGUAUACCUCCAAUGGAACUGCUGGCUAUCAUAUUGAGCGAUCGGAAACCGGAGAACGCGACGGCGACAGCUAUCAGCGCAACAAGACCUGUGUUCCCGUGAUGUGCCCGGAGCUCGAGGCACCGGAAAAUGGACAACUGCUGAGUGAUCGCAACGACUAUCACUUUGGUGAUGUGGUGCGCUUCCAGUGCCACUUUGGUUACAUCAUGAGCGGCAGCUCGGCGGCUUUGUGCCUGUCCAGCGGUCAGUGGAACGCCAGCGUGCCUGAGUGCAAUUAUGCGAAGUGCGUCUCCCUGCCCGAUGACAAGUUGGAGGGUCUGACUGUGGCCCGUCCCGAUCCCGAGUCCGUCCUGGUGCCCUUCCGUGACAAUGUGACCAUUACAUGUGGUUCGGCUGGUCGCCAGUUGAGGGCCACCGCUUCCUCUGGUUUCCGGCAGUGUGUGUAUGACCCUAAGCCUGGUCUGCCCGACUACUGGCUCUCAGGCAUGCAGCCCUCAUGCCCACGUGUGGACUGCUACUCGCCCAUGCCCACACCUGGAGCUGAAUAUGGUCAGUUUGUGGAUACCCGCUUCCAGAGCAGCUUCUUCUUCGGCUGUCAAAACACCUUUAAGCUGGCUGGACAGACAGGACGCCACGACAAUGUGGUCCGUUGCGGAGCAGAUGGCAUCUGGGACUUUGGUGAUCUGCGCUGUGAGGGACCCGUCUGCGAGGAUCCUGGCCGCCCGGCCGAUGGUCGCCAGAUUGCCCGUAGCUACGAGCAGAGCUCCGAGGUUUACUUCGGCUGCAACCGUCCCGGCUACAUCCUGAUAAACCCGCGACCCAUUACCUGCAUCCGAGAGCCAGAGUGCAAGGUGAUCAAGCCUCUAGGUCUAAGUUCCGGCAGGAUUCCCGAUUCAGCUAUUAACGCCACCUCGGAGCGACCGAACUACGAGGCUAAGAACAUCCGUCUCAACUCGGCCACUGGCUGGUGCGGCAAGCAGGAGGCCUUUACCUACGUGAGCGUGGAUCUGGGACAGAUCUAUCGCGUCAAGGCCAUUCUGGUCAAGGGUGUGGUCACCAAUGACAUUGUGGGUCGUCCCACGGAGAUCCGAUUCUUCUACAAGCAGGCCGAAAGUGAGAACUACGUUGUGUACUUCCCCAACUUUAACCUGACCAUGCGUGAUCCCGGCAACUACGGCGAGUUGGCCAUGAUCACACUGCCUAAGUAUGUCCAGGCACGCUUCGUCAUUCUGGGUAUUGUUAGCUACAUGGACAACGCCUGUCUUAAGUUUGAGCUGAUGGGCUGCGAUGAGCCGAAGCAGGAGCCUCUAUUGGGCUAUGACUACGGCUACUCGCCCUGCGUGGACAACGAGCCACCGAUCUUCCAGAACUGCCCCCAACAGCCAAUCGUGGUGCGUCGCGAUGAGAACGGCGGCGUGUUGCCUGUGAACUUCACCGAGCCCACGGCUGUGGAUAACUCCGGAUCGAUUGCUCGCUUGGAGAUCAAGCCGCAAAACUUCCGUACUCCCAGCUAUAUCUUCAAGGAUACGGUUGUCAAGUAUGUGGCCUUCGAUUACGAUGGCAACGUGGCCAUCUGUGAGAUCAACAUCACGGUGCCGGAUGUCACGCCGCCUCUGCUGCAGUGCCCCCAGAGCUAUGUGAUCGAGCUGGUGGAUCGUCAGGACAGCUACACCGUGAACUUCAACGACACCAGGAAACGGAUCAAGACCUCAGACGAUACCGGAGAGGUGAAACUGCAGUUUAAGCCCGAGAGUUCUACCAUCAAGAUUGGCAACUUUGAGAACGUGACGGUGACGGCCACGGAUAAGUACAACAACAGGGCCUCCUGCCACUUCCAGGUCGCUGUGAAGGCCUCACCCUGCGUGGACUGGGAGUUGCAGCCGCCGGCUAAUGGUGCCAUUAACUGCCUGCCAGGAGAUCGAGGCAUCGAGUGCAUUGCCACCUGCAAACCCGGCUUCCGCUUCACCGACGGCGAACCACUGAAGACCUUCUCCUGCGAGACGUCGCGUCUGUGGCGUCCCACUUCUGUGGUUCCCGACUGCGUUUCUGAGAAUACGGAGCAGGCCGCGUACCACGUGACUGCCACCAUUACUUACCGUGCCAAUGGAGCCGUGGCUCAAUCCUGCUUGGGUCAGUACCAGGAUGUUCUUGCCCAGCACUACUCCGGCCUGAACCAGUUGCUCUCGCAACGCUGCUCUGCGGUCAACGUGAACAUGAACGUAACUUUUGUGAAGUCGGUGCCGAUGCUGCUGGAGGAGAACGUAGUCAAAAUGGACUUCAUCCUCUCCAUCCUGCCGGCGGUUCGCCAGCCUCAGCUGUACGAUCUGUGUGGCUCCACCCUGAACCUAAUCUUCGAUCUGAGCGUUCCCUACGCAAGUGCUGUGAUUGAUGACCUGCUGAACAUUGCCAACAUCGGUAACCAGUGUCCUCCGCUGCGUGCCCUGAAAUCGCAUAUCACCCGCGGCUUCAACUGCAACGUGGGUGAGGUGCUCAACAUGGACACCAGCGAUGUGCCGCGCUGUCUGCACUGUCCUGCCGGCACCUAUGUGUCAGAGGGCCAGAACAGUUGCACCUACUGCCCGCGCGGCUACUACCAGAACAGGGAUCGACAGGGCACCUGUCUGCGCUGCCCGGCCGGCACCUACACCAAGGAGGAGGGAACCAAGCUGCAGGCGGACUGUGUGCCUGUUUGCGGUUACGGAACCUACUCACCAACUGGCCUGGUGCCGUGCUUGGAGUGCCCGCGCAACUCCUUCACCGCCGAGCCACCGACGGGCGGCUUUAAGGACUGCCAAGCCUGUCCAGCCCAGAGCUUCACCUACCAGCCAGCCGCUGCCAACAGGGACAUGUGUCGCGCCAAGUGUGCUCCUGGCACAUACUCUGCCACGGGACUGGCACCCUGCUCACCCUGCCCGCUGCAUCAUUACCAGGGAGCCGCUGGAGCCCAAAGCUGCAACGAGUGUCCCAGCAACAUGAGGACCGACGCCGCUGGCUCCAAGGGACGUGAGCAGUGCAAGCCGGUGGUUUGCGGCGAGGGAGCCUGCCAGCAUGGUGGACUCUGCGUGCCAAUGGGCCACGACAUCCAGUGCUUCUGUCCCGCCGGCUUCUCUGGACGGAGAUGCGAACAGGAUAUCGAUGAGUGCGCCUCGCAGCCCUGCUACAACGGCGGCCAGUGCAAGGACCUGCCCCAGGGCUACCGCUGCGAGUGUCCGCCGGGCUACUCCGGCAUUAAUUGCCAGGAGGAGGCCAGCGACUGCGGCAACGACACCUGUCCCGCUCGGGCCAUGUGCAAGAAUGAGCCUGGAUUCAAGAAUGUGACCUGCCUGUGCCGCAGUGGCUACACUGGGGAUCAGUGUGACGUGACCAUCGAUCCCUGCACCGCGAAUGGCAAUCCCUGCGGCAAUGGAGCCAGCUGUCAGGCCCUGCAGCAGGGUCGCUACAAGUGCGAAUGUCUGCCGGGCUGGGAGGGCAUCCACUGCGAGCUGAAUAUCAACGACUGCUCCGAGAAUCCUUGCCUGCUAGGCGCCAACUGCACUGAUCUGGUCAACGACUUCCAGUGCUCGUGUCCCCCAGGAUUUACGGGCAAGCGUUGCGAGCAAAAGAUUGACCUCUGCCUGUCGGAACCCUGCAAGCAUGGUACCUGCGUGGACCGUCUCUUCGACCACGAAUGCGUCUGUCACCCUGGAUGGACGGGCGGAGCCUGCGACAUCAACAUUGACGACUGCGAGAUCCGUCCCUGUGCCAACGAGGGUACUUGCGUGGAUCUGGUUGAUGGCUACAGCUGCAACUGCGAGCCAGGAUACACGGGCAAGAACUGCCAGCACACCAUCGACGACUGCGCCUCCAAUCCGUGUCAGCAUGGAGCCACCUGCGUGGACCAAUUGGACGGUUUUAGCUGCAAGUGCCGGCCCGGCUUCGUGGGCCUCUCCUGCGAGGCUGAGAUCGACGAGUGCCUGAGCGAUCCCUGCAACCCUGUGGGCACCGAGCGCUGCCUGGACCAAGACAACAAGUUCGAGUGCGUGUGUCGCGACGGCUUCAAGGGCCAGCUCUGCGAGACGGACAUUGAUGACUGCGAGGCGCAACCCUGCCUGAACAACGGUCUCUGUCGGGAUCGCGUCGGUGGCUUCGAGUGCGGCUGCGAACCGGGCUGGAGUGGCAUGAGGUGCGAGCAGCAGGUGACCACCUGCAACGUGCAGGCACCGUGCCAGAACGACGCCAGCUGCAUCGAUCUGUUCCAGGACUACUUCUGCGUCUGCCCCAGUGGCACCGAUGGCAAGAACUGUGAGACCGCGCCGGAGCGCUGCAUCGGUGAUCCUUGCAUGCAUGGCGGCAAGUGCCAGGACUUUGGCUCCGGGCUCAACUGCAGCUGUCCGGCGGACUACUCGGGCAUUGGCUGCCAGUACGAGUACGAUGCCUGUGAGGAGCAGGUCUGUCAGAACGGUGCCACCUGCCUGGACAACGGUGCUGGCUACAGUUGCCAGUGCCCGCCCGGCUUCACUGGCCGCAACUGCGAGCAGGAUAUUGCCGACUGCAAGGAUAACUCGUGCCCGCCGGGUGCCACCUGCGUGGACCUGACCAAUGGCUUCUACUGCCAGUGUCCCUUCAACAUGACCGGCGACGACUGCCGCAAGGCUAUUCAGGUGGACUAUGACCUGUACUUCAGCGAUCCAUCACGCUCCACGGCCGCCCAGGUGGUGCCCUUCCCCACGGGCCAGGCCAACAGUCUGACGGUGGCCAUGUGGGUGCAGUUUGCCCAGAAGGACGACCCCGGUAUCUUCUUCACGCUGUACGGCGUGGAGUCUGCCCGCAUUACCCAGCGUCGUCGCAUGCUCCUCCAGGCCCACUCGAGCGGUGUCCAGGUGUCGCUCUUCGAGGAUCAGUCGGACGCCUUCCUGAGCUUCGGCGAGUAUACCUCAGUGAAUGACGGCCAGUGGCAUCACGUGGCCGUGGUCUGGGAUGGCAUUUCCGGACAAUUACAGCUGAUCACUGAGGGACUGAUUGCCAGCAAGAUGGAGUACGGAGCAGGUGGUUCUCUGCCAUCGCAUCUCUGGGCCGUCUUGGGACGUCCACAACCGUACGGAUUGAGCCAGGAGCUGGCUUACUCAGAUGCCGGCUUCCAGGGAACCGUUACCAAGGUCCAGGUGUGGGCCCGAGCCCUCGACAUUACGUCGGAGAUUCAAAAGCAGGUUCGGGAUUGCCGAUCGGAGCCAGUUCUGUAUCCCGGUUUGAUCCUCAACUGGGCUGGUUAUGAGGUUACCUCCGGCGGAGUGGAGCGCAACGUGCCUUCUCUGUGCGGACAACGCCGGUGUCCCGUGGGUUAUACGGGUGCCAACUGCCAGCAACUGGUGGUGGACAAGGAGCCACCGGUGGUCGAGCAUUGCCCCGGUGAUCUUUGGGUCAUUGCCAAGAAUGGAUCGGCGGUGGUUAACUGGGAUGAGCCGCACUUUAGCGACAAUAUCGGAGUGACCAAGAUCUACGAACGCAACGGACACCGAUCCGGUACCACGCUACUGUGGGGCACCUACGACAUCACCUACAUUGCAUCGGAUGCCGCUGGAAACACGGCCUCCUGCAGCUUCAAGGUGUCACUGCUGAACGACUUCUGCCCACCUCUGGCCGAUCCCGUUGGUGGCUCCCAGGUGUGCAAGGAUUGGGGUGCCGGCGGUCAGUUCAAGGUCUGUGAGAUAGCCUGUAAUGCUGGUCUGCGCUUCUCGGAGCAAGUGCCUGAGUUCUAUACCUGUGGAGCCGAAGGCUUCUGGCGACCAACUCGCGAGCCUUCGACACCCUUGGUCUACCCAUCCUGCUCACCGUCGAAGCCUGCCCAGCGGGUGUUCCGCAUCAAGAUGCUCUUCCCCUCGGACGUGCUGUGCAACAAGGCCGGUCAGGCGGUGCUCCGCCAGAAGGUGACCAACUCUGUGAAUGGUCUGAACCGCGACUGGAACUUCUGCUCGUACGCCAUUGAAGGAACCAGGGAGUGCAAGGAUAUCCAAAUUGAUGUGAAAUGCGAUCACUACCGAGCUGCCCAGAACAAUCGAGUGCGUCGCCAGGCCAAGGAUGGCGGUGUCUAUGUGAUGGAGGCCGAGCUGCCAGUGGUCAACGAGGAGGAUGACGACCUGGCUCUGACGGGUCGCCAGGGACGCCAGCAAACCGGCGGCGACACGUACACCCUGGAGAUAGCCUUCCCGGCUGUAAAUGAUCCUGUGGUGCACACCUCGACCGGCGAGCGUUCCAGUGUCAAGCAGCUGCUGGAGAAGCUCAUCCUUGAGGACGACCAGUUUGCCGUUCAGGAGAUUCUGCCCAACACCGUGCCGGAUCCAGCCUCGCUGGAACUUGGCUCCGAGUACGCCUGUCCCGUUGGCCAGGUGGUGAUGAUUCCCGACUGCGUGCCCUGUGCCAUCGGCACCUUCUACUACAGUGCCAACAAGACGUGCAUCGCCUGUGCCCGUGGCUCCUACCAAUCCGAGGCUGGACAGCAGCAGUGCAGCAAGUGUCCGGUUAUAGCCGGCCGGCCGGGAGUCACGGCCGGACCCGGUGCCCGCUCGGCGGCGGACUGCAAAGAGCGAUGCCCGGCUGGCAAGUACUUUGACGCCGAGACAGGCCUGUGCCGCUCCUGCGGUCAUGGCUUCUACCAACCGAACGAGGGCUCCUUCGGCUGCGAGCUGUGCGGCCUGGGCCAGACGACACGAUCCACGGAGGCCACCUCGCGCAAGGAGUGCCGCGACGAGUGCAGCUCUGGUCAGCAGCUGGGAGCCGAUGGACGCUGCGAGCCUUGCCCACGCGGUACCUACCGCCUGCAGGGCGUCCAGCCUUCGUGCGCUGCCUGCCCGCUGGGCAGGACCACACCUAAGGUGGGUGCCAGCUCCGUGGAAGAGUGCACCCUGCCCGUGUGCUCGCCUGGAACCUAUCUGAACGCCACGCUGAACAUGUGCAUCGAGUGCCGCAAGGGCUUCUAUCAGUCGGAGUCCCAGCAGACCGCCUGCCUCCAGUGCCCGCCGAACCACAGCACCAAGAUCACCGGAGCUACCUCGAAGAGCGAGUGCACGAAUCCUUGCGAGCACAUUGCGGAGGGCAAGCCACAUUGCGAUGCCAACGCUUACUGCAUCAUGGUGCCAGAGACGUCCGACUUCAAGUGCGAGUGCAAGCCUGGAUUCAAUGGCACGGGCAUGGCCUGCACAGAUGUCUGUGACGGCUACUGUGAGAACUCCGGAGCGUGUGUCAAGGAUCUGAAGGGAACGCCCUCGUGCCGCUGCGUCGGCUCCUUCACUGGACCCCACUGCGCCGAGCGCUCUGAGUUUGCCUACAUUGCCGGCGGCAUCGCCGGAGCCGUGAUCUUCAUCAUCAUCAUUGUCCUGCUCAUCUGGAUGAUUUGCGUGCGCUCCACCAAGCGCCGCGACCCCAAGAAGAUGCUCACUCCGGCCAUCGACCAGACCGGAUCCCAGGUGAACUUCUAUUAUGGCGCCCACACGCCCUAUGCGGAAUCCAUUGCGCCCUCGCACCACAGCACCUACGCCCAUUACUACGACGACGAGGAGGACGGAUGGGAGAUGCCAAACUUUUACAACGAGACGUACAUGAAGGAUGGUCUUCAUGGUGGCAAGAUGAGCACACUGGCCAGGUCCAAUGCCUCGCUCUACGGAACUAAAGAAGACUUAUACGACCGACUGAAACGUCACGCCUAUCCGGGCAAGAAGGAGAAGAGUGAUAGUGAUAGCGAAGUGCAGUAAGGAUGGAUGAAUUACGAAUAACCAAGCUGCUUUAAUGUAAAAUGUGGUCAUAAAUAAAGAAUGGAAAGAGGAGGUUAAUGGAGGAGCAGGAACGCACUGUCAGCACAGUGUUCACAGCACACUGCCCCACAAAUACUCACUGGAGAGCCUUGCAUUGAAUCGACGUAAUGGUCUCGCGACUCGAUUUCGAUCCAUCUUCAGUCCCCAAAUAUCUCGGAUAUUACGUGGCUUAAUGCAAGGCUUCGAGAGCUCCUUCAGAACGCGACGAAACGUAACGAGACGAGAAAGCUUAAAUUAGUAACUCCCAUAUGUGCUCUUUAGGUAUGCAAACUAAAUGAAAUUAAGUCGAACUUAUGCGUAAUAUAAUGAAUGAAAAAAACAUUGUUUUAAUCUUAAGUAUUAUUUACCUAAACAAGUAAUCGAAAUUGCAAUACACACUAUAUAUAUAUACUAUAUAUAAACCUUAUAUAAACAUAGAUUUUUCCAACCACACAUCAAUUGUUCGCGAGUGCUGUUGAAAGCAAAUCAAAUAUAGUCGUUAUUGUGUAAUUUAAUAAAAGCAAUUUAAUUAUUAUGUAUGACAAUU